UCAUUAUGCAGUGCAAUGCACUCAGCGGGUGUCUCUACAUGUUCUUCCUGAAAUUUGCUACAGGCUGCUUCAGUUUACUCAUAAGACCAUCAGCAGACUUAAUGUGGGGGAAGGAGUUUCUGUCUGUGAACAUUUUCACUGUCGGUGUGUUACUGAUUGGUCUCUUUCUUUCGGGUGCUUUGCCUGAUUGUCAUGAUGGAGCAGACCUCUUCAUAACGGCUCCAAAGCAGAUGGAAGCACUCAGUGGAUCUUGUUUGCAUAUUUCAUGUAGCUUCAGAACCAAAGAAGGACAGAAAUUUAGCAGCACAAGAAAAACCUUUGGAGUGUGGAUUAAAAGUUAUCAUAAAGUUACCAGAAACAAUGUGAUCUUCAACAGUAGUGGAGCAGUUAGCACCUAUCCAAUGAGUAUUACUGGGAACCUGAGUCAGAGAGACUGCACCACUCUGUUUACUAAUUUAACCACCACAUACACAGACACAUACUUCUUCAGAGUAGAGAGUGAAACAUUCAAGGCGACAGCUCAUUGUGAUUCUCUUCAAAUAACAGUCAGAGAUUCUCCUUGGAGGCCCAAUAUUACAAUCCCAGGUGAUCUGAAGGAGAAGGAGUCUGUCACUAUAACCUGCUCAGCUCUCACUCCCUGUCCACACUCCCCUCCUCAACUCACCUGGAAUCUCCAACAAGACUCUCACAACAAAAUAGAGGAAAACACAGAUGGAAGCUUUACAACUAAAAUCCAGCAGACCAUCACUCUGUCAGACACACAUGAUGGAAAGAAGAUCAGCUGCUCUGCCAGAUAUCCUGUGAACCAAGGAAACACCAAGACAGCAGAGACAGAAGAGACUCUCAGUGUUUCAUAUGCUCCUAAAGACACCUCAGCAUCCAUCAGUCCAUCAGGUUUGGUGUCAGCAGGCAGCUGGGUGAACCUGACCUGCUCCAGCAGAGCCAAACCUCCAGUCAGCAGCUUCACCUGGUUCAAGAAGAGCAGAGAUGGAGCUGUGAAAGUAUCUGAAGGAGAGAUUUACAGCUUCAAUGUAACAGAUGGAGGAGUUUAUUACUGUGUGGCCACUAAUGAUCUGGGUAAUCAGACAUCAGCAGAGAGUCAUGUGACUGUUACUUACAAUGAAGCUGGCAUACUGGUUGGUGUCUACACUAUAGUGAAGAUUGUGGGAAUCAUAAUGCUUAUGAGCACACUGAUCGUAUUUGAGUGCUGGUUCAGAUCAAGACGCUCCAACAAUCCAGUGACAGAAAGCUGUCAGAUGAGCAGAGUCACAUCACAACACAUCAACUAAAGUUUCUGCAGGACAAACUCCAUCUUAAAAUGUCACUAAAUUAACUCCAGAGUACACCCUGGACAUGUCGCCAAUCUGAUGCAGCGCUAACACAGAGCGACAGACAACCAUUCACACUCACAUUCAGACCUAUAGGCAAUUUAGAAUCAGCAGUUACCUCACUACCUGCAUGUGUUUGGGAUUCGGGAGGAACAACUGUGGCACCAUGCUGCCCUCUAUUCACAUCACUAAUACUGUAUUAAAUAACCUGCUGCCCCCUUUGUGGAAUUUUGCCCAUCCAAUUACAAAUGCUUGAAAGUGAAUACCAUGCUGUAUUAAAUGAGACAUGGAAAUAGCAAUUGAGA